ACCAGUCCCCGCUCUCUGAUCGCCGUUCCUGGGUUUGUCCCUUAUCCGACGUUUUCGUGGAGAAGCACGCAGGGCCCGCUGUGCGUGGGCUCCCCGCUGUACGGGAGGCUGCCGGGACUCGCCUGUCGGCUUCGCGGGCUGGGAAUGCCCCGCUGGUCACGCUCGUGUCCGAGGGCCGCUGUAUCCAUGCAGUGCGUUGUAACGCUCCAGUGUGCGCUGCCCUUCCCUGCGGGGCUUUGGCACUGUCAUCCAGCUCUCCAGCCACAGAGGCAGAAGAAAUGGGAGGGAAGAAUAUGUCCAGAAAUAAAAGAUGUGGAGGUACUGUUGGUGCAAUUCUGACAUGUCCGCUGGAAGUUGUAAAAACACGACUGCAGUCCUCCUCUGUGACUCUCUACAUCUCUGAAGUUCAUCUCAACACUGUGAGUGGUGCUACCGUCAACCGAGUAACCAGAGUUUCUCCUGGACCUCUCCAUUGUCUGAAGAUGAUCUUGCAAAAUGAAGGUCCUCGUUCUCUGUUCAGAGGGCUGGGUCCUAAUUUAGUUGGUGUUGCUCCUUCCAGAGCAAUAUAUUUUGCUGCUUACUCAAAUUGCAAGGAAAAGCUGAACAGUAUUUUCAAUCCAGAUUCUACCCAGGUACACAUGAUUUCAGCUGGUGUGGCAGGCUUUACUGCGAUCACAACAACUAAUCCCAUUUGGUUGGUAAAGACACGGUUACAGCUUGAUGCGAGGAAUCGUGGAGAAAAGCGAAUGAGCGCUUUUGAGUGUGUCCGCAAAGUUUAUCGCUUGGAUGGUUUUAAAGGCUUUUACCGGGGAAUGUCCGCAUCCUACGCUGGCAUAUCUGAGACUGUUAUUCACUUCGUCAUUUAUGAGAGUAUUAAGAAAAAAUUACUGGAGUAUAAGACUGCUUCUGCCAUGGGCAAUGAGGAUGAAUCAGCAAAAGAAGCAUCGGACUUUGUUCGAAUGAUGAUGGCUGCUGCCACUUCCAAAACGUGUGCAACAUCAAUAGCGUAUCCCCAUGAGGUUGUACGAACAAGACUAAGAGAAGAGGGAACAAAAUACAGAUCUUUCUUCCAGACACUCUCUUUGCUUGUGCGAGAAGAAGGGUAUGGCUCCCUCUACCGAGGUUUAACUACACACCUGAUCAGACAAAUUCCAAACACAGCUAUCAUGAUGUCCACCUAUGAAGUUGUAGUCUACUUACUUGAUGGAUAGCAGUGUGACAAAGUGGAAGAAGGUGGAAGAUAGAAAGACUGGAGUGGACCACUGAAUGUCAAUGCCAAUGUGGUGGGCAAAAGGAACGUUGUAUCAGGAAGAAGCAGCUGUGGAUAAAACAGAAGGUUGAUUGUGGGCAACUCUGAAUAAUUUUGCUGCCUUUAUUGUGUUGGUCUCAUGUCAAUGUGACAAAUGGGAACUGCCCCUUAGGGAAUGCCUUCAUACAUCUCUUAAUUCAGAAUUACUCUUUUCAUCUGUUAAUCUAGACAAAGCCAUUGAGUCAUCUUCAGAGACCUGAUGGGUGAGGGAAGGGACAUGAAAUAUGGUUCUGGGCAGUCCAUUACCUCUUCGUGAUUGCUCUCAACUACAUAAUUUUUGUUCUGUUUUACUGCACAGUAACCUGUUGGAGGAAUGGGCAAGACAGUACUUUAAUAGCUUUCUAUACCUGAAACUUCUGUGUAGUUGCUCUGAAGAUUCAUAAAGAGACUGAGGUAGUGGUAAGUGUGUAACGUUUUCCAUAUUGCUACCUCAAGAAAAAAUAUGGUGCAGGGACCCAGAACAGUUAUUACUUCACUACAAAAGGUGAUACCUGUUGUAGCUUUUUGGUUUUGAUUGUUUUUGGUUUUUUUUUCCCUUGACAUUUGAGCAGUGUUGUAGGUUAGUGAGAGAGGGUCUGAGUGUUCAGUUCCUCAGGUUAUCAGUCUGUUAAUGUUGGUGUAUGUGGACUUCUGGUCCUGCUGCAUCAUCUUCCUUCUUUUCUGGAACUUUUCUUAAGUAAGAGAGGCAUAUGAAACAUUGUCCUGUAUCAUCAGUUUUCCUUGCCAACCUGUUUAAGGAAGAAGUUGCUGAAUGCUACUUUAUAGCCUUUUUAAGAUUUGUGAUGAGAAAUCUCAACUAGUCCAGCCUCCCAUUUGUGAAGACAGGAUUCACUCAGAUAGUUUCAUGCUGCCUAAGCACAAGCUGUAUUACCCUUAAAUAUCUGGCAAAUCCUGCCUUGGAUUACCAGUAUUUAUAUGGGAGUACUGGGGGAGAACACAUAUCACUGUGGCUAGAGUAAACAGAAAGCAGAAACCAGUUGAAGUUAUGAUAGAUCCUGUCAGUGCAGACAGGCUCUGUGCAGAAGGAUGGAGAAACUGUAAAUGAUAUUUUCUUGAAAGCAUUCCCACUGAUAAUUGCUUUAUCACUUCUGUUAUCUUGAGCCUGUGUACUGAGCUAUAAUGUUGUCCUCCACAUUGUCUGAUUAUUCAGGCAUUGGUUUUGUUCUGUAAGCCAAUUGCAAAAUAAUGCCUUUUAUUCAGCAGUGAGGCUUAGCUGGUUUAUUCCAUCAUAAUUUACAGAUUUUUCCAAAAUCAUACAACUGGAGUGUCAAGCAGUUUAAUGUUACAGGAAGUUUUACAGCUUUCCAGACUGGUAUCUUCUCAGUCUGCAUCCAUUAUCCUUGUGAGGAAGAUGAUAAUUUAUAAAUUGAGGUCAAUAGCUUUCUCCACCAUAUAAAUACUGCUACACUGGCAUGGACAGAAAUGUGCUCUCAGCUCUUCCAGUGUGGUACUUCAGUACACUUGAACUGUGCAUCAUGUGCAAUGGCUUUAUUUUAAGAAUGACUUCUCAUGCACUUUGUGGCCUUCUUAGGGCUUAUGACUUUUCUUCCUCUUACUGAUUAUCUGGAAUCAAACCAUGUUUGAAACAUGCAGUUUGGUUUUAAACAAAGCAGCUGGUUUGAUUUCUGUGUAAGCUGUGCAGGAGUUUAUGCUGUAAAUCCAUAGCAUCUCUGUGACAGUAGUUCUGUAGGUCUAUAUAAAAUCUCAAAGUUUGCAGAACAAUCAGUCUGUGUUUUUCUCAUUUGCUGUCCUUUAUUUUGACCCUUGUCAUGUUCUCCACACAGUGUCAAAGUAUUUGAGUAUUUCAUGUAAUUUUCUGUAUUAAUUUGUCAUCCUCUAAAAGCUACCUACAGUAAGUAUAUCGACCUUGCAGUGCUGUAUUGACUUCAUGCUUGGAAAAUGUUCCUUUUUUAAAGACAUAGCAUGGUCUGAGGGGUGACCACAGUAAACUUGAUUGUCUCAAAGAAGUGAAAGGAGUGCUUAAAUGUGUUUUAAAGUGGGUUGUUUCUAGUGAUCUCUCUAGGAAAAGCCUGGAGUAUUUAUGACUGACCUAAGCCUUGAUGUGUAGCUUUUGUUCAGGUAAAUAAAUGCAGGAACAGUGACUUACUGUAAUUUUUGUGAGGUAGAAAGUGGGUCACUUUCAGGUAAUCUAGAGUAUUCAGUCAUAGCCAAAACUUAAAUUGGCAAAGACCUUACUCGGCUUUGAAGUUCAUGAAUACAGUGAACACUUGGAGUAGCCUAGGCUUCAUGAGAGUUUCUCUCCUCUGUUUGGACACAUUGUCCCCUGUUUGUCUCCCAUUCCUGGGUAUUCCCUGGGAACUUUGUGUGUGCCUUCUCUGGGGAAGAGCAGAGCCCCUGGAGCUCAUAAGUAGGACACGUUAACAAGUACAUUUGAAUAUGGGAGAUAAUAGCUAAAAGCAGACAAUCAGCUUAUUACUCCACCUAUUUAAAAGGCUUUCUUUUAAACUUCAGGGGUGAUCAUUUUGGCUUCCUUUGCAUAACCAAACGUUACCCCAAAAUUUAUUGGGAUUUUUUCAUUAUUUUUAAACUACAAGUUCUUGCAAAAUUACCUCUGAUGUAUUUCCCAAAGAUCUUUAUUUAUGUUGUUUUCUUGAUAUUUAUUAUAAAAACUCAAGGAGAAUAACAAGAUGCUUCAUUCAAUAAUAUCUUUAACUACAGAGCUGAAAGCGGUGCAUUUAAAUGUGGUCAUCUUGAUUUGUAUUUGGAUGUCAUGUAUUUAUGUCCCACUUGUGUGUGCUAGAGGAAAGGAUGUGUGAAGAACUCGAAGCAAUGAAUUAGUUCCUAUUUCCGUGGCUGCGCUGGGAGCCGAGGCCGGUGCGCGGCGGGUUUGGGGCCGGCAGGUGGCGCUGCCCCCGCGGGAGUCCCGCCAGGGAAAGCCAUGGGAAACUGGGCCCGGGAAUGCCGUCCCUGAGCCCCUCCGAGCCCUGCAGGGCUGGGCGGCAACAGGCGAGUGGGGCACGGGGAGAGCCGCUGUGUCUGGCCCACUUUCUGCUCUGCGUGGUUGGAAGUGGGCUUACACGAGGGAGCUGUGGAAUUUGGUUGUUUUAGUUGUAACUGAGACAUCGCCUGUCUAUUUAUCCAUUAACACUGCCCCUUUCUUUGUUUACAUAAUGCACUCUGCAUCAUCCCUUGCUGAUUGAGGUGUUAAUGACAGUGGAUUGUUUGUUUGUUAUUGACAGUUUCUGCUAGUCUGUUUUUUCUUAUGACAUCUGUAACAUUCCUCAGACUGCAACAUCAUAAGAGAAUGCUUCCAGAGACAAGAGUGGAGAGCCUUUAUAAAUGUUGCUUCCUGUUUAAACUGUUCAGAUUUGGGAAACAAGCUGAAUGCUGAAGUGUGCCUAGGUAAAUGUACUACUUUUUUCAACUUCCUGUCUGUUAAGACUGAGUUAUGUAAGUUUUUUCAGUUCUUCUAUUUAAGAGUCUGCCUACCCUGCAUAUGUGAACAUAACUAUGCUUUCAGAGUCAUAGCUAAACACUCACAGAUGACAGAUUGAGAAUACUUCAGUACUCAUGUGAGGUUUGCUAUUAUUCUUGCAUACAUGUAUUUGGCUGUAAACUAUGUGCAUUUACUCUGUAUUUAUAUAGUUAACUUUUUGUUUGGAUUGCUUUAAACUUCAAAGCAAAUUAAAAUUAUGUGCUUCUAUUCAAAUGUUGCCUGCUGUGCUAAACUGUACACUGUUUUUAACCUUUUAAUUUUUCUAUUAUUGAUACAUACCAGUGCCUGCACAGUUGUGAUUAAAAAUGGAAAAUUCAUUAA